AUGUGUGAGACUGUGCCUGCCGCUCCAGCCGACCGGGUUCCGGUUUCCAUGGAGAAACCUCCAGCUAGGAAGCGGGGAAAGAAGCCGGUUGGCUUGACGGGUGUGAGUCGGAAGACAGCAAGCGCAUCAGUGUCCAAGUUGAUUACUGAGGCGCUUUCGGUGUCCCAGGAGAGAACUGGUAUGUCCUUGGUUGCGCUGAAAAAAGCGCUGGCAGCCGCAGGUUACGACGUGGAGAAGAACAACAGUCGCAUCAAGCUGGGUCUCAAGGGCCUGGUGACCAAGGGGAUCCUGAUUCAGACUAGGGGUACCGGUGCCUCUGGCUCUUUCAAGCUCAGCAAGAAGGCUGCUCCUGAGCUUAUUAAGGGAAAAGUCAAAAAACGUGCUUCUGCGAAGAGUAGGAAGCUGGUCUUAUCCAGAGAUUCAAAGUCUCCGAAGAAUGGCAAAACAAACAAAAGAGCUAAGAAGCCGAGGACCACGACGGCUCAGAAGGCUGCUAGGAAUGGGCAAAAAGCUAAAAGAACCAAAGACAAGCAACAACGGAAGAGCCCAGCGAAGGCCAGGGCAGGAAAGCCCCAAACUGGGAAUCCUAAGUUGACCCAGAAGAAAACUAAUACUAGGAAAGCAACAACCAAGAAGUAA